GACACUGAAACGCGAGAAGCUGUUGUCUCUGACUACGACCUCCUCAUUCGGCUCAGUUUCCUCGCCGUGGAGGCAACCUCUGAGACGUGUCAAAAAUGCUGUCUUUGGUCAUAAUAACAGGCCUGCUGGCUUUUACAAGUGGUCAACAAUGUGGUACGGAUGGAUCCAACAAUGAGCUGCUCCUCUCACUCAGUAAGAAUCUCCUUCGCUCUUUGGAGGGACAAGAAGGACUCCCCAAUCCCAGUGUGCACCUGGCUUUACGGCUUUCUAACUCCCAUAACCUGGCCAAGGAGAGUGAACACCUGAACAGGCUGAAAAACCAUCUGCACAAUGACCUGCAAAACUCGCUCUCUAACAGCCAGACAGUGACAGGCCUCUUAGCGCUUUAUGCUCUGGCUUUGAAGUCGUCUUGCUACGACCUGAGCACGGUCACGUUCACCAUCGGUGAGACGAGAGAGACGCUUCUGACACACCUAAAGAGACAGAUGGAGCUGGAGAAAGAGCAAAUUGCCUUGAGCCACCGCCCUUUGACCAACUAUUACCAGUACUCUCUGGGUGUGCUCGCUCUCUGUGCAAGCGGCAUCAGGGUCAACAACCAUGUCAGCAACAAACUCAUCAAGGCGGCAGAACACGAGCACUUCAGACACGGAGACGCUGAAAGCACAGAUACCUAUGCCAUGGCUGGGAUGGCUCUCCAGUGUGUGAAGGAUUCUGGUUCUCAUGUUCAUAACUGUGCUGAGCUCGACGCAGCCCUCACCAGGAUCAAGGAGAAGCUGCUGGCGGCUCGCAGGCCAGACGGUCACAUCGGCAACGAGUACAGCACAGGAAACGCAGUUCAAGCUUUGUUGGCAAUGGGCACCCAAGUUGGAGAGUGUGCUGCCUCAAUGGAAGCCAUGAGAACAGACGUCAAAGCUAGCAAAUACGAGAACCCCAUGUCUGUGUCUCAGAUCCUGCCUGCUCUGCACCUGAAAUCAUACCUGGAUGUGAAAACCAAGGAUUGCGACAAUGAGGAUGACACUCUGGUGCUGGAGCCUGUAGAUCCUGUGGUGGUGUUACCAAGUGAGACCAAAGUUGCGGUGAUGGUGGAGGUGGUGGCGUCCAGCGGGGCGACUGCUCUUUACUCUGUGGACGUCCCAAAGGGGAGCUCUCUGCUGGAGGCUCUUGAACUUCUCGUUACCAAAAAUGUUGGCUUCACGUUUGAGAAGGAGUUGAGUCUGUGGGGGCCGUUUUUGAGUGCAGUGAACGGAGAGCAGGCCAGACAGAGCGACCGCAGAUACUGGCACCUUUCCUCUGAUGGCACAUCCCUCAGUCAGGGUGUGGGUGAUUACAAGAUUGAGGUGCCUCAAAAGAUCACCAUCAAAAACUCGACCUACUAAACAUGGAGCUGCCUGAAUAAUUACUUUCAAUGUUUUUUUAUUCUUCUCUGUUUUAUCUUGUGAUUGUUCUUAAAAAGUUUGUUUCUAUCAGCUCUGAAUGAACAGUCCUCAGACUUCACAGAAUUUUUUAAUAUCCUGUAGGAUUUAGGCUUGAAUGAAACAGACUGCUGUGAUUAAUUUCACUGAAUCAUGGACAGUCUGAGCUUUAAUGACGUAGUGUAAAGUGAUUGUGAAAUUUGGAAUCAAAUGUAACUGAAAAAGCAUAAUUGCACUUUUUCAAAUAAAAUAAACUACUGUAAAUGUU